CAACACCAUGCAUAGUAUGGCUAACAUCACUAAAUUUCAAUCAUUGGACGCAAAUUUGCCAUAUUGUACGUAUGUCAGACGAAGACAACACAUGCGGGUGUGACGCCCUCUUAAUGAUACUUAUUGUAUUGUUAUUCGAUUGGGAUAUCAUUAAAAUAGGACCACCAUAAGAGUGCACUAGCCUGAUUGAACAUUUACAUACCAUGUUAUCGCAACAUUCAUUAUUACAUUCAUCGUGUUACAAGUCUCACAUGAAGAAUGUGAAAUAGAUUUAAAAAUAAAACAACCAUUUGAUAAUUAUAAUUUUCUGUCGACAUUUUAGUGUGCCUAUAACUGAAGUUUUAUCAGUUAAUUAUUUCUGAAGUGUCCGUUUUUUGUUAUUAGUUCAAUAGUAUAUGUUUGAAUUUAACUGGUUGAAAAUUAAUUAAUAACCUGUUGAAUCCAAUUUUGUGAAGUUUAUUUCUGAAGUGUCCAUGUUUUGUUUUUUAGUUCAGUAGUACAUGUUUAAAUUUAACUGGUUGAAAAUUCAUACCCUGUUGAAUCCAAUUUUGUAAUUAGAUUAAAAUUUCAAGCAGUUUUUAAGUAAAUGUCAUGAUGUCUACAAAUACAUUGGAAGAUAACAUCAAUAACUUAAAAAACUAUAUUGAAUAUUUUCCAGAUUUCCCUAAACCAGGAAUACUUUAUAAGGACAUAUUAUCAGUAUUUAACUCUGCAGAUGGAAUACAAUUGAUGGAUAGAAUAUUGAAACAAAUUUCAUUUAAUUUUCAUGGUAAAAUAGAUUGCAUAGCAAUGUUGGAGAGUCGCGGUUACAUGAUUGCUCCAAUACUAGCGCUAGAACUCAAUGUACCAUGUAUACCCGUAAGUAAAAAAGGGAGUUUACCUGGUCCAGUAAUUGAGUUGUCCUAUGUCUUGGAAUAUGGAGAGGAUUCUUUGGAAUUACAGUUGAAUAGCAUAAAAAAAGGACAGAGAAUAUUGUUAGUGGAUGACUUCCUCGCUACUGGUGGUACACUUGAAGCAGCUUCAAGGUUAAUAAAAAAAUGUGGAGGAGAAGUUGUACAUGGAUUUGUUUUAAUGGAAAAAUUGGAGUUAAACGGGCGAAACAAAUUGGAUUUCCCCAUUGUAUCAAUAUUGUCAGAAUAAAAAUAAAAAUAUUUUUACUAUUAUAUUAAUGUUAUUAUUAUAUUA